UAUUGUAAUAAUAUUAUUUUCAAUAAUUUGAAAAUAUUCUUCUACCUUCAAUAUAUUUAAAAAUAUUAACUCGUAUUUUCUAAUUGAUAUCGCGUUAUUGUAUUGUUUCAAUUUUUGAAGGACAUUUUUUAUAAAAUAAAAAUCGAUACUUUUCAAUUAUCAUUUAUAAAGUUGAGUGCUUCAAGACGUAAUACUUUUAUGAUAUAUUUUUCUUAUAUUUGGUCUAUAUUCAUGAAAUAUAAUCAAGCAUAACCUCUAAAAGAGUACUUGACAAUAUAUGUAAAGAGUAUUUGACAACAUAGAUAAAUAAGUUUACAAGAAAAUGUAUUCAUUAAUUAAUAAAACUGAAAAUGCACACGAGGAUAGUAUAUGGACCUGUGCUUGGGGAUGUCCUAAAAAGAAAAAAGAAGUAAAUCCUGAUAAUGAAGAUUCACGAGAUUCUAUGCAAUCGAACGAUGAAGACACAGUCGAAUACGUAGUCACAGGAUCUGUGGAUGAUGCCGUCAAAGUUUGGGAACAUAAAGAUGGUACUUUACAAUUGAAACAUAAAUUAACCGGUCAUUCCCUUGGAGUUGUGUCAGUAGCUGUGAGUUCGGAUGGUUUAAAGUGUGCAUCAAGUUCACUUGAUUCAAGCUUAAAGAUAUGGGAUUUGGAAUCUGGUGAAAAGAUUUCUAGUAUAGAAGUAGGUCCGGUUGAUAUUUGGACAGUAGUAUUUUCUCCUAAUGAUAUAUUUGUUGUAUCUGGGAGUCAUGCUGGUAAAAUACAUCUAUAUGGAACAGAAAGCGGAAAACAAGAGCAAACAUUAGAUACAAGAGGUGGAAAAUUCACACUGAGCGUCGCUUAUAGUCCUGAUGGUAAAUAUAUUGCUAGCGGUGCAAUAGAUGGUAUUAUUAAUAUCUUUGAUGUUACUUAUGGUAAAGUUCUCCGCACAUUGGAAGGUCAUGCAAUGCCUAUCAGAUCCUUAUGUUUUUCUCCUGACUCUCAAUUACUGUUGACCGCAUCGGAUGACGGACACAUGAAACUAUAUGAUGUAAAAGAUGCCAAUCUAGCAGGAACCAUGUCAGGCCAUGCUUCUUGGGUACUUGGAGUAGCAUUUGCACCUAAUGGACAAAGAUUUGUAUCUAGCAGUUCGGAUCACACAGUCAAAGUUUGGGAAUUAGCACAACGUCAAUGUCUGCAUACAUUUAAUGAACAUAAUGAUCAGGUAUGGGCAGUAAAGUAUAAUCCACAAAAGAACAACAUUAUUGCAUCAGUAUCUGAAGAUAAAUCAAUUAAUCUUUAUAAUUGUCCCAUAUAACAUUUUUAAAUUAUAUAUAUAUAUAUAUAUAUAUAUAUAUAUGAAAAUAAAAAAAAAUUUUAUCUAUUA